AAAUACACCAACUGACUAUACUAGCCAGCUAUUUGAAUCGUCACCUAUUUAAGACGCCAGCUUAUUUAUGUAUAAUGAAUCUUAAAUAAUCCUAAAAAGAGUUAUCGUCGUUUAGAUAUCGUAUGAUUCUGCCUAUCGUAGAUUGUUUCUAAUUUUAUAUUAGCGGGAUGUUUUAUAUACUAUAAAUACGCCUUAUGGCGUACCUGUCUUACGGUAGCUGAGUGGUUAAGCACAUCGCCACCUGUUGUAUUUUAUAUAAAAUACGCUAUGAUGGUGUCAGCGUAAAUAGGCUAACUAAUGCACCAAUGUUAUCCUCAAGUCAUUAUCAUCAUAGCGUAUUUUAUACUUUUGUAUUUUAUUUUAUUUUAUUUUAGCAGUCAGCUUUCAGGCUUCCGACUGUGCUCUAUUUGCAGAGAAUCUUUGAAAGUCCUUCCGUACAGUGGAAACAAACUGUAGCUUCACGGUUGUCAAGCGGAACAGCAUAGAAGUCAUUUUGUGAGAACAUAACUGUCUUUGUUAUGUAGUGAACACAGCAGCACAGAAUGACUUCCAGGAAAACGUAACGUCAAUGACCGGACACAGCGACCGACGGAAAACGGGACGACAGACUGCAAAGCUUCUCUGACACAAAGCAGCAGCAGAACAAAAGGAUGAGUUCACUGUACAGACCUCUAAACCAGCUGCUCACAGUGUGGAGGUGGAAGAGGAUGGUGGGGGUUACUCUCCACCCAGCCACUGCUACUACUCAGAGCAGCACCUUCUGCUCCACCACCUCAGAACCCAGAACAGUGAAAAGCUCUGUUCACUGUGAACACACAGAAUUAGAUCCUAUAGAGAUCCACAAGAGGAAGCUCCUCUUGUGGUUCAGUCACCUUCCCCAGGAGGAGAAACAGUUUGGUGGCUACUUCAGCCCAGAGACCAUGCAUGUGGAUCCACUGAUCCUGGAAAGGAAGGCAGAGGAGGCUACAGGUCUCCUCAGCUCCCCUCUCCAAACCAGCUCCCCUUCUAAUGCCUCUGUGACUGUGGAACAACUGUUUGAGCCCAGUGAUACCUGGAGUGACGGUCGGGGGCUUAAUGUGUUGCUGUAUGGGGCUGUUGGAACAGGGAAAAGUACAGUGGUCCGAAAGCUGGUGCUGGAUUGGUGCGCUGGAACCACCCUGACCCACUUCAAGCUGCUGAUACCUUUCUCCUGUGAGGACCUCGGCCAAUUGUCAAAGGUGUCUUCUUUAAGGGACCUUGUGAGUAGGAAGUAUCUCUACCUCAGAAAACACCCCUUGCUGAGUGGGGAGGGAAACCAGGCCAAGGAUGUGUUAUUCCUCUUCAAUGGGAUGGAGAAAAUGAAGCUCGACUUCCGGAUUGGAGCCACAGAGCUUUGCAGUGAUCCUAAUGAGCCGCUACCUCCAGGGGCAGUCAUGGUGAACCUGCUGAGGAAGUACCUCCUGCCUGAGUCCAGCAUCUUGGUUACCACCAGACUGUCUGCCUUGGACCGUAUCCCUCAGAAGUAUGUGAGUCGCUUUGCACAGAUUUGUGGCUUUAAUGACCCAGACCGCCAGCGGGCUUACUUCACUGGCCGCCUACUGCAGCAGAGUGGGGACACUGCACGUAACCAUGAGGCCCAGGCUCUUAUAGAGCUGCUCUACCUAAACCUCCAGAGAGAAAGCCAGCUGGCUGCAGCCUGCUUCUUCCCCUCAUACUGCUGGCUCACUUGUGCUACCUUACACUUCCUCCAUUUUACAGACGCAAAGGCUCCCAUUCGCACACUGACUGGGAUAUACACCAGUUUCCUCAGGCUUAACUUUGGGGGUGAGGUGCUGAGCACAGGAACAGGGACAAAUGUGCCCAUUCAGGAGCACCACACUUCUCUGAUGUUAUAUGUAGUCCGUACAGUUGGUAAACUUGCGUUUGAAGGAGUGACAUACAGACGCACAUCGUUCUCAGAAAAGGAACUGGAGCAGUGGAUAGGGGGAAAGACCAAAACAGAUGAGGAGCUACGUCAGCUUGCUAUGUUCCGGACUGAUGUGCUAGACUUCUUCUUGGCUCCCUGUGUAGAAAGUAGUAAGCAUUUUCCAGAAGAACCAAGUGAGAAUGAUGAGAGGCGGUAUGUGUUUGCCGUGCCAGCCAUGCAGGAGUACCUGGCAGCUCUCUAUGUGGUUCUAGGAGAGAACAAAUCGGCACUCCAGAAGCUGACGAAGCAGGUGUCUGUGGCCAUUGGUCAGGCGAGUGAGGAUGUUAAUGCCCUCGUCAGCAUCCUGUCUAAGUUCAUCCCCCUCCGAAUCUUUGCUGUAUUUAACCUCCUCAAGCUUUUUCCAAAGCUCUAUGAGAAAAUCACCAGUCACAACAAAGGCAGCAUUGCCAGGACCAUGGCAGCUGAGUUAUUCCGCACUGAGGACAGCUACAACGAGGAUGUCCUGGAUCAGGUGGAGCAAAGCCUCCUAGGAGUGCAUGGUCCACAGCCAGAACAGUCCAGUGAAGGCCAGCCUUUUGAGCUCUACCCUAUCUUCAUGGGUGGGCUGUUGCAUUAUGGUAACCGUGUCCUUCUCCAGCAACUUGGCUGCAGCAUUCAGAGCACCACUGUGGCCCAAAUCACAAGUGCCCUCAGGAAGUACCUUGUCAGAGAGCUCAGCAAGCCACAGCCACCAGAGGAGCUGAUGGAUCUGCUGGUCCUUCUGUAUGAAUUUCAGAACCCCCGACUGACUGCUGAGGUUCUGGCUUCAAUGAGAAGCAUCUGCCUUACAAACAUUCGUAUGACGUCAUUAAAAUGUUUUGUACUGAGUUCCGUGCUCUCAUGUGCCCCUGCAAGUUAUCGUCUUGAAGUGCUGGACCUGUCCUCCUGUCUCCUGACUCAUGACAUGCUUCAGAUGCUUUGGCCUGCCUUCAGACACACACAUAACCUCAAUCUACAGUUUAACAGCCUGGGUCCUGAGUCCUGCAUCCUCCUGAGAGAUCUGCUACUAGACCCCAAGAGUUCUAUUAGAUCUCUACAACUGUGUGACAACCCUCUGCUGGAGUCUGGAGUCUGCAUCCUGCUGGAGGCACUGCCAGAGAAUCAGUCCCUGACACACCUCUCCCUGAUGCACACUGGGCUGGGGGACCAGGGUGCCCUGGAGCUCGCUCAGAGGCUUCAGCAGCACACACUUCAGGAGCUCAAUGUAGCCUAUAACAACAUCGGAGACAAUGCUGCUCUAGCUCUGGUGGACGCCUGCAGAGAGCACCCUAGCAUUCAUACUGUGCACCUGUAUUUGAACCCUCUCAGUGAUGUCGGGAAGCAGUCCCUGUAUGUCCGAGGUGUUCCCAAGAGCCAGAACGCCAGUGGCCGGCGGGUCAGAGUCCUGGCUUCAGUCACUGAAGGCUCAGAUAUCUCACAGGACUGGCACCCUAUCCUCAGCGUGAUACGAAAGAAUGCCUCCUCCUGGGACCGCGAACGUGUCAAGCAGGAGCUUAAGGUUUUCCUCAGGGAUCUGGAGUGGGGGCGUCAGCAGCAGAAGAGCCUCUUGAAAAGGCUGCACUUCCACAGGGUAGAGAAGGGAGUCCAGCAGACUCUGAAGAAGCUGGAGAUGGACACUUUGUCUCCACCCACAGAAUACACCAAAUAAGCAUUAAAAAGAAGAAGUGAAAUUUAUUAAACGUUCAGCAGCACACCAAGGUUCAGUCAGUGUGUCCAUGAGAUAGAGCUUCAUUACUAUAAAAGAGAUAUUUAAAAACCUCAAAAGAGAUCUUCCCAAACUAAAGAGCCACAUACAAUAGUUGUAGUUCAGUCAGGACAAUUUGCUGCACAUCACUCCCCUCUCUCUAUGGCUUUCCUGCUUCAGCUUUCAACUGUCAAAUAAAAGUAGUACAUAGUGUCAUAUUUGAUUAUAGUUACAUGUCACUCUUUCUGUUUAAUUUUCUGCAGCAGUUUAGCAUUGCAUUCUUUAAAUUGGGAGACUGACUGAUUAAAGUGUUCAAACUGAACCUGCGAUUUGCGUGAAUUUAAAGUCUCUGUAGACUGCUGGCUAUGGCCAGUCCACUGAAUGGACUGAUUUUGUUAUUUUUGAUGUUGACAUGACCUCAGAGGGCAACACGCUAACUGCCCAGGAACAUCCUGCACCCAGAACACACUCAAAUCUCAAAUACAACACAUGUAUCUGAAACGGUGUCAGCAGACAAACAGUGUGAUCUGUACAUUAAAUGUCAGAUGCCAGAUCUUUAGCUGCCUUGUUAUUUGAAGCCAUAUGCAGUCACAUCUAUGCAAAUGUUUUUUUGAACCAUCCAGCAAUGAUUGUACAUAUUGUUCUUUUGUGGAUUUAUUUCAGCAGAUUUAAUAUAUUUAUUUUGGCUGCUUUAUUAACACAGUCAGUGUGGCUGUAGUUAGUUUGACCUUGUUAAUGUGUGUUGGUUGUAGGAAGGAGUGCCAAGACUUUUUAGUUCUGAGUAAAAUGUGUCAGUCUUACUUACUUUGGCUUCUAUGUUAGAUGAACAAAAUAUUUUCAAAGUGAGGUGUCAAAACAUCUAAGACAUUACUCAAUCUAGCUGGUUGGUUUUUAUUAAAGGAACAGUAUGUAACUAUGUGUAACACUGACAGCUAGUGGUUAAAAUGGGUACUAUAGUACACUUAAAAUACUGAAGAGGCACCAUCCAUCCAUCCAUCCAUUAUCUUUAAUUGCUUUUUCCAUGGUGCAUGCAUGGUGGGUUGGGAGCCUAUCCCAGCUGACUUUGGGUGAGAGGCGGGGUACAUCCUGGACAAGUCACCAGUUUAUAACAGGGCACACAGAGACACACAACCAUUCACACCUAGAGGCAUUUUAGAGUACACCUACACCAAUUAUGUCUGGCAAGGAUAAUUUCAAAAGACACACUGGCUGUAUUAUUGUUGUCAGGAAGAUUUUAGUUUUCCUCAUCUCUGCUGAUAUGGCAUGGUCAUUUUAUGAUUUCAUAUAGUACGUUACAUAUUGGGUUCCUUUAACAGUGAAUAUGUCUAGACAGUUGUGUGAUGAUGCAUUGGUGCCUCAUUUAGCCUUUUACUUCAUAUCAGAACAAAAUGUUGUGAUGCAUGUUCUGUGCUGUUUAUGAAAAGGUUAGCUUUUAUGACUAACCAGUGUUGUAAUAUUGAUUGAAUGUUAUUCAAACCCAUUGUAUUAAAUCUUAGGCUGCAAACAGUU